AUGUCUACCUUUCAUGUUGCUCAAGAAGGCCCAGUCAAUGCUUUAGCUUUAAAUAGGGAUUACACUCAAGUAGCAAUCGGUGGACGAAAUGUAUUCAAAGUUUAUGCUAUAGAGGAUGACAAGUUUAGAGAAAUAUGUAAUGUAAGAGGCUCAAAACAUCUUAAUGUUGGAUUUUCAUGUAACGAUGUAUCUUGGAGUCCCACUGAUGAUCACUAUCUGGCAACUGCUGCAACAAAUGGACAUGUUUCUGUUUGGAAUCUCACAAAAAUGGGCAAAGCAAUGCAAGAACAAGACUAUCAGGAUCACAAAAGGACAGUCAACAAAGUUAACUUUCAUGCUUCUGAGCCCAAUAAACUAAUAUCGGGAUCACAAGAUGGUACCAUGAGGUACUUUGAUAUUAGAGUAAAGAGUGCUGUAUCAAUUUUCUACAGCAACACUGAGAGUGUUAGGGAUGUGCAGUUUAGCCCACACAGUCCUUACACAUUUUCUGCAGUCUCAGAUAAUGGUAGUGUUCAAUUGUGGGACAUACGAAAACCAGAAAAAUGUCAGCAGCAGUAUACAGCCCACAGUGGACCUGUAUUUGCAUGUGACUGGCAUCCAGAAGUCACUUGGUUGGCUACAGCUAGUAGAGAUAGGACAAUAAAGGUGUGGGAUCUUACCAGCAAACCUACUUUAGAAUACACCAUACAUACCAUAGCAUCUAUUGGUCAUGUAAAAUGGAGGCCUCAAAGAAAAUACCAUAUUGCAAGUUGUGCUUUGGUGAUAGAUUGUAGUAUUAAUGUCUGGGAUGUCCGUAGACCAUACAUUCCAUUUGCAGCCUUCAAUGAACAUAGAGAAAGUGCCAGUGGAGUGCAGUUUAGAGGCGAUCCUGAUAUUUUUUUAAGUAGUGGAAGGGACUCCACUCUCUAUCAUCACAGUUUCAAUGAUGCUGCACGUCCAGCAGCUAAAGCAAACCCUCAAGGCCUGGCUAUUAACAACAGUGGUGAGAUCAUAUUUGCACGGAAAUUGUCUCAGUUUCAAACAACAGCUGUUACUCCUGUUACUGGUUUGACUACUCCUACUUCCUUGGCCAAAGCUACAGUAGGAUUAAUGAGAAAAAUAUCUACAACCCAGGCAAUAGACCAGUUCCACCAUGCAUCCAGUAUGUUGCAGCACUUCUUCCAUGUCAAAGAAAUGGUGAACUAUGAAUCCCAAAAUAUUUUAGCUCUGGCUAAGAAUUACGUACUGCAUGGUAGGAGUAUAUCAGAGCUUUGUGAACAUAAUUCAGCUGUAGCGAGAGAGUUUGGAAAACCACAUAUAUCUGUGAUUUGGAAAAUUAUCAAGACAAUGUACGGAGAAGAAUUUAUGCAGAAUUCUAUAAAUUCUGGAAGUUCAAACCGAGAAGAUGUUCCUCAUAGUAAUAUGAAUAAUUUAACUUCUACAGUUAUGCAGAUGGACAACAGCAUUAAUACUAUUAGAGAUUUGGAGACUGAUCAAAAAUCCAAGGCUGCUAGCGAUACACAGGCUGCUCAGUUUAGCGGCGGCGAUGACGAGACCGAAAAUGAGGAUCAAGUCGACCACAUGGGCACUUACAACGGCUUUCCGACCUAUUUAAACAUCAGAAGCGGACUUCCUAAAGGAGAUUUCUCUUUCGGCGAGAACGAAUUAGACAUGGAACUUGACAGUUUGACUUCAGAUUUUCAUUCCGGCUAUCGUGGCUAUAACCACGUAACCUCCGAUGGUCCUGAGUGGAUUUUGCCCAACGAAGCGUUUACUAUCCGGCACGAGAUUCAGGAUCGGUCUCCUCCUCCUGAACAGUUUCCGAACCAUCAUCAUUCGCCUGAUAUACACGAAGAUACGCCUACGCAUUUUCAGUAUGAAGAAACAUCCCCAACGUUAAUCUCGGUAUCUAAGAUUCCUAAAAAAUCGUUAUGGGAUCCGAGCAGUCUUGUAGUGGAGGCACUGAAACACCACGCCAUCCUAGGCGACAUUCAAACUGCUGCUUGCAUACUUAUAGUUUUAGGUGAUUGUAGAAAGUUUUUAAGGCAACUUGAUGAAGCUACUCAGGAACACUGGUUAAUGGGAUACAUAGAAAUCCUCAGUAGUUACAAAUUGUGGAACAUCGUUACACAGGUCAUCAAAUUGUCUUGGCUACCAUCGGUCUACCAGCUCAACCAGCAAAGCACGCGUAUCAACACCAAUUGCGGCAAGUGUUCAAAAUCGUUACAAAGAGUCGGCUGGUUGUGCGACAGAUGUCAUUCCUCAGAAUACGCCCUCUGUAGUAUUUGUAAUCAAGUAGUUAAAGGGUUGUACGUUUGGUGUCAGGGUUGCUCACACGGUGGACACUUGGCGCAUAUGCGUCAAUGGACAUUGAGUAACAAAGUGUGUCCUUCAGGUUGCGGUCAUCUAUGCGAGUAUGGAUGA